CAUCUCUCUCACAUCUUCUUGUUACAUUGAUUCUGCUCUUCUCAAUAUGAAAAUUUCCGCUUUGCUGUCUAUCGCUGCCCUCACUGUGGUUGCUGCUGCAGACUUCAUUCCAGCUGAGGACCAAGUCGCUGCCGCUCCACUAAUCUUUAACGAAAUUAAGCCAUAUUUCGAGGCGAAAUCGGAAUUCGAGGCUGUACUUCUCUCGAAAAGACAAGAAUGCCGAAGAGGAUAUGGCCAAUGUCCAAAGCAGAAGGGGUGCUGCCCCCUUGGCGGUGAUUGCUGCAAAAAGGGCUGCUGUGGUGCUGGUUAUUGGUGCUACGCGAAAGGCUGCUGCAGGAACAACCAGAUGGGCUGCGAUGGCAAAAGCUGCUGCCCCUUGAAUUCGCGUUGCUGUAAGGGUGGUGGAUGCUGCAAAAAAGGCUAUAGCUGUUGGAUCUCUGCGAAGGGGAAGAGAGGAUGCUGCCCUACCGGCAAGAUUUGUGCCUAAGCUACGAAAAUACCCCAUAAUUGCCAACCCGGCUCUUAUAUCUUUUUAGUUCGUUGCGUGAUACAGCUCCAACAUCAAUAAUAAUCAACCGAGACUAUGUCUCUUUGAUAGCUUCCCU